AUGCGUUCCAAUCUCAUCACCGUCCUUGCCUGCCUCGGCCUCGUCUCCGCCAUGCCUGCCAAGCGCGAGCCUAUGGACGAACACGCCGUGAGGGCUGUUCUCAAGGAACUCGAAGUCCGCGGUGAGACAGUAGACCAGCUUAUCAAGCGCGUCCCUGCCAAGGUCUACCGUGACGCCAUCCCCGACUGCAACGACUCAGCCAACGAUCCCAGCUACAUGAUUCCCAAACAGACCGGCUACAGUGUCGACCAGGGUAUCAAGCUCCCCAAGAGUGGCAAUGAUGAUGCUUGCACCACCGGCCAUAACUCUGACCAUUGCUGGACCGAGUACUACUUUGUCGAGUCUGCUGUUGAGUACUCUUCGUGGCAGAACUCGGGCGCUGCUAUUGACUGCAGAACCACGUCGAGCUGUAACUCAGACUCCAGCAUCGCUUCGCAGAGCUGCACUGCUCAUACAAAGUCUUGGAGCAACGGUAUGGACUGGCAGAUUGUCGAGGCCAAGCUUGAGAUGGUUAUCCCGGAUACUACCAACAAGGUCUCAAUCGGUAGCAACGUCAAGUACCAGCACAGUGAUGCUCAGGCUGAUACCACGACUAUCUGCACCACUGACUCUACCACCAACCGUUGCACCUGGAAUGACCAAGGUUGCCAUCAAGUCUGGUACGCUGACCGCACCAAGCGUAUCUGGGGACACAUGUCUCGUGUCUGCGUUGGCAAGACCGACGGCGAGGUCCAGCAGCAGACCCAGAACAAGAACGGACGCUGGGUCCGUGGCCAGGCUGAGUUUAGCAUUGCUCUUCCCGUCAACCGCAUCGUCGGCUGCAACGCCAAGUGUGAGGAUCUCGUCUACAAUGAGCCCCUCCCCAACGAGGGCAUUCAGCGUACUCCUUUCGAUGUGACCUUUGACUAG